AUGGUUACAGAGAGGCCUUUAUUGAUCCCAUCACCAAGAACACCAAACAGCACUCAAGAUUUGCCUAGUUUACCUGUUUUAUCUUGUAGUGUUGUAAAAGUCAAUCUUGAUAAUUCUAGAUUGGCUUCUGGGAUGGCGUCUCAAAACCCAAUUGAAAGUUCAUCAAGUAAUGAAAUUUCUUAUAAAUCUUCUUCAAGAAGAAGUCUUUCUUCAAAUCCAUCAAGGGCUUCACGUGGGAAUUCAGUUAGAGCAGGUAGUUUUCGUGAUUUAGGACCAAGGCCUGUGAGGUUGGGGUCUAGAGGGGGUGAUUCAGAGAUGUUUAGUGCAUCCCAGAAAGAAAUUAGCGAUGAGGAUGCUAGGUUGGUUUACUUAAAUGAGCCUGCAAAGUCAAACGAGAGGUUUGAGUUUUCUGGAAACUCAGUUCGAACUUCGAAAUAUUCUCUCAUUUCCUUCAUACCUCGAAAUUUGUUCGAGCAAUUUCAUAGAGUUGCAUAUGUAUACUUCCUUAUUAUUGCUGUGCUCAAUCAGCUCCCCCAGCUGGCAGUUUUCGGCAGGGGAGCUUCCAUUAUGCCACUUGCAUUUGUGCUGCUAGUUACAGCAGUUAAAGAUGCUUAUGAAGAUUGGAGAAGGCAUAUGUCAGAUAGGAUUGAAAACAAUAGAUUGGCAUGGGUUUUGGUUAAUGAUCAGUUUCAACAAAAGAAAUGGAAGGACAUUCAGGUUGGUGAGAUAAUCAAGAUUCAGGCAAAUGACACUCUUCCUUGUGAUAUGGUGCUGCUCUCGACUAGUGAUUCAACUGGGGUCGCCUAUGUGCAGACUAUAAAUUUGGAUGGAGAGUCGAAUUUGAAGACUCGGUAUGCAAAGCAGGAGACCCUUUCAAAGAUUCCUGAAAAGGAAAAGAUUUGUGGGUUGAUUAAGUGCGAUAAACCCAAUAGGAACAUAUAUGGAUUUCUGGGAAAUAUGGAUGUUGAUGAGAAACGUCUGUCACUUGGGCCAUCCAAUAUCAUUCUGCGUGGCUGUGAACUCAAGAAUACUGAUUGGGCGAUUGGAGUUGCAGUGUAUUGUGGUCGUGAGACCAAGGCGAUGCUUAACAACUCAGGAGCCCCGUCAAAGAGGAGCUGGCUUGAGUCACGUAUGAACUCAGAGAUCAUUGUACUCUCUGUGUUUCUUAUUGCUCUGUGUACUGUUGUCUCCAUCUCUGCUGCUGUGUGGUUGAGGCGCCACCGUGAUGAGUUAGAUACUCUGCCCUUUUAUAGAAGAAAAGAUUUCAGUGAUGCAGAGCCGAAGAACUAUAAUUAUUAUGGAUGGGCGGCAGAGAUAUUAUUUACAUUCCUCAUGUCAGUUAUUGUGUUCCAGAUCAUGAUCCCUAUUUCUUUGUACAUUUCUAUGGAGCUUGUACGGGUUGGCCAGGCUUAUUUCAUGGUUCACGAUACUCAAAUGUUCGAUGAGGCUUCAAAUUCAAGAUUUCAAUGUCGGGCGUUGAAUAUAAAUGAGGAUUUAGGUCAGAUAAAGUAUGUUUUCUCUGAUAAAACUGGUACUCUCACUGAGAACAAGAUGGAGUUUCAAUGUGCAAGCGUAUGGGGAGUAGAUUACAGUGAUGGGAAGGCCAGUACAAAUCAGCAAGAUAGAUAUUCUGUUAAAGUGGAUGGGAAGAUUGUGAAGCCGAAGAUGACGGUGAAGGUUGAUCCUCAGCUUUUAGAAUUAUCAAGAAGUGGAAGGGAUACAGAAGAAGUUAAACAUGUUCAUGAUUUCUUCCUUGCAUUGGCAGCGUGCAACACAAUUGUUCCUCUUAUUGUCGACCACAAGUCUGAUCCUACUGUGAAGUUGAUGGAUUACCAAGGGGAGUCUCCAGAUGAACAGGCACUGGCUUAUGCUGCUGCAGCGUAUGGCUUUAUGCUUAUAGAACGUACUUCUGGCCAUAUAAUUAUCGAUAUUCAUGGAGAAAGGCAAAGGUUCAAUGUUUUUGGUUUGCAUGAGUUUGAUAGUGACCGGAAGAGGAUGUCAGUUAUACUGGGGUGCCCUGACAGUACAAUGAGAGUCUUUGUAAAAGGUGCUGAUACAUCCAUGUUUAGUGUGAUAAAUAGAUCUUUGAACAAGAAUGUAAUACGUGCAACCGAAGGCCAUCUUCAUGCUUACUCAUCACUGGGUUUGAGAACACUUGUAAUCGGGAUGCGUGACUUGAGUGACUCAGAAUUUGAGGAUUGGCACUUCUCUUUUGAGGCAGCUAGCACAGCUGUAGUUGGCAGGGCUGCUUUGCUACGCAAGGUUGCUAGCGAUGUUGAAAAGAGUCUCACAAUACUUGGUGCGUCUGCUAUUGAAGAUAAACUGCAACAAGGGGUGCCAGAAGCCAUAGAAUCUUUGAGGACAGCAGGAAUUAAAGUGUGGGUUUUGACUGGGGACAAGCAAGAAACUGCCAUGUCAAUUGGCUACUCUUCAAAGCUCCUAACAAACAAAAUGACCCAGAUUAUAAUCAAUAGCAACUCUAGGGAUUCUUGUAGGAGAUGUUUAGAAGAUGCCUUGGUCAUGUCUAAGAAGCUGAGGACUGUGUCUGAAACAUCAGAUCACACUGGAACAAGUUCUGAAGCUGCUAGAAGCCCAGUGGCCCUGAUUAUCGAUGGUACCAGCCUUGUCUAUGUACUUGACAGUGAACUCGAAGAACAGCUCUUCCAACUGGCCAGUACAUGUUCUGUGGUCCUUUGUUGCCGGGUGGCUCCAUUGCAGAAAGCUGGAAUUGUGGCCCUAGUGAAGAAGAGGACUUCUGACAUGACACUCUCCAUUGGAGAUGGUGCUAAUGAUGUCUCAAUGAUCCAAAUGGCUGAUGUGGGAGUUGGCAUCUCUGGGCAAGAGGGUCGGCAAGCUGUAAUGGCAUCAGAUUUUGCAAUGGGGCAAUUCAGAUUCUUGGUUCCGCUUUUAUUAGUCCAUGGACAUUGGAACUACCAGCGGAUGGGCUACAUGAUACUAUACAAUUUUUACAGGAAUGCAGUGUUUGUUUUUGUUUUAUUUUGGUAUGCACUCUUUGCUUGUUUCACUUUGACGACUGCAAUCAACGAGUGGAGCAGCAUGUUGUAUUCUAUAAUCUACACUUCACUACCCACCAUUGUUGUUGCCGUUCUGGAUAAGGACCUAAGUAGAAGUAAUCUCCUAAAGUACCCUCAGCUUUAUGGAGCUGGACAAAGACAAGAGGCAUACAACAGAAAGUUGUUUUGGCUAACAAUGUUGGACACUGUGUGGCAAAGCUUAGUUGUCUUUUUCGUUCCUAUCUUUGCAUAUUGGGCGAGCACCAUCGACGUGCCAAGUAUCGGAGACCUUUGGACUCUCGCUGUGGUUAUUUUGGUUAAUUUACACUUGGCCAUGGACAUCAUCCGAUGGAACUGGAUCUUUCAUGCAGUUAUUUGGGGAUCUAUAGUUGCAACUUUCAUUUGUGUCGUGAUCCUCGACGCUAUGCCAAUGUUUGCUGGUUACUGGGCAAUCUUCAACAUCAUGGGGGAGUGGUCGUUUUGGGAGUGCUUGCUUUGUAUAAUUAUAGCAGCACUCCUUCCUCGUUUUGUCGUUAAAGUUCUUUACCAGUACUUCACUCCUGAUGACAUUCAGAUUGCAAGAGAAGCCGAGAAGUUCGGCCGCCUGAGGGACAUAGCCGUAGAAGUAGAAAUGAAUCCAAUCAUGGAACCUCCUCCUCGGAGAUGA